UUCCCUACGAUUUCUACGAGAGAUUUGACCUGGAAACCAUGAACGAAGACGAGUGCAUUGCCGAGUUUAGAAUGCGAAAACAAGACAUACCGAUAGUAGUUGACGCUCUACAACUACCAGCCACUAUUCAGUGUUCACAAAGAACAAUCUGCGAUGCAGAUGAAGCUCUGUGUAUGCUCCUAAGGCGUUUUUGCUAUCCUUGUCGAUAUUCUGAUCUGAUCGGCCGGUUUGGUAGACCUGUGCCAGAGCUGUGCAUGAUAACAAACACCUUGAUGGACUAUAUAUUUGACAAUCAUUGCCAUCGAAUUUCGCAAUGGAAUUAUGAUAUACUCAAUCCACCGAUGUUACAAGAAUAUGCUGAUGCAAUUUUUGCCAAGGGAGCCCCAUUAAGCAACUGUUUUGGCUUUGUAGACGGAACGGUGCGACCAAUAUCGCGUCCAGGCCAAAACCAAAGAAUUGUAUAUAAUGGUCAUAAAAGAGUGCACUCUUUAAAGUUUCAGUCAGUGGCGCUGCCUAACGGCCUUAUCGGACACAUGUAUGGCCCAGUCGAGGGCAAAAGACAUGAUGCAUUUAUGCUGAUGGAAUCCAAUAUUUUGCAUGAAGUAGAAAACAAUGCAUUCUCCCCUACUGGUCAGGCGAUGUGUAUGUAUGGGGACCCUGCGUACCCAUUGAGGGUACACCUUCAAACCCCUUUCCGUAAUGGAGUUUUGACCCCCAUGAUGGAAGAGUACAACUCAAGAAUGAGCUCAGUACGGUCGUCAGUAGAAUGGUUGUUUGGAGAAAUCAUCAACGACUUCAAAUUCUUGGACUUUAAAAAGAACCUGAAACUUAACCUUAGUUGUGUUGGAAAAAUGUACCUUGUUUGUGCAUUACUUGAGAAUGUAAUAACCUGCUUGUAUGGAAACACUACUUCAGAGUUCUUUGGUCUUGACCCUCCCUCAAUAUACUACUACUUAAAUUAAAACACCUCAGUGGGAGAUUACAGCUAAGUUUUUUGGCAGCAACAAAAAUACCUAUUACAUCAAGGUGCACUUUGCUGGAUAGACAAUAACUGUCCAAUUAUUUAUAGCCAGAUCCUUUUGUUCUUCAGCAGCAAAAUAAAUUAAUAUUGAUACUUUAACUGUAAUCACCAACAGCCUAGAACCCAUCUGACUACACCCAUAUGCUAUGAUUAGAAUAUUGGCCAUCUUUGGACAGUAGUUUGGGCUAGCUAAAUGUAGUCUUGUUUGAAAAUAGAUAGGUGCAGGCCAGGGGUGCACCAGGGGUGUUUGAAAAGCCUUUGAAGCUGAAUUGUUUUAAAGCUGGCUAUGCUAUUCUAUGCAUCUUGAAUUUACAAAACAAUGUAUGAGGUAAUACCCUCUCGUGCAGUGCAGAUCCUUUCAAACCAAAAAUAUCUCUCAAAAUGUAAUAGCCUUUUCCAUUUAAAAAAAUAUUAAAUAAAAAAGAAUCAUGGAGUUUUGAGGGAUAAUUAUAAAAAGUUUGUAUCAAAAAAUGCUUUUGUUUAUUUUCACCAUAAUACAUACAUUCAUACUGAUUCAAUCCGAUAAACUGAUAAUCCUAUAAAUAAUUUGAUCAUCCUAAUAAUUUGUUUUCCUGAUUGAAUCAGUAUUUCAGUGAAUAGCCUAGGUGUUACGAAUCAAACAAUAGUCAUACAAAUAUAAAACAACAGCUUUUAUAUCUUAUUGUCAAUCUGAAAUUGGCUCUUUGACAUAGUAACUAACUGGCAUGGACCUGGGCUCAGUCAUGCAUUGAGUCCAUGCAUUUCAAAUAACCCAACAUGGAUUCCUUUUUUUUAGUACACAGUAACAAUAUAAACGAUAAAAGUAAGAGAAAUGUUAACAGUCAUGCAGUAUUAAAGGACUGUAAAACGA